AUGGCGGACAGCGCGUUACCGGACGCGACCACAGUGCAAGUGCUGCGGGACCUGGCCAACCGCCUGCGCGUCCAUUCCAUCAGGGCUACGUGUGCCUCUGGCUCCGGCCACCCCACAUCGUGUUGCAGCGCGGCAGAGAUCGUGUCGGUGCUUUUCUUCCACACGAUGAGGUACAGACAGACUGAGCCCGCUCACCCUGACAACGACAGAUUCGUCCUUUCCAAGGGUCAUGCAGCUCCACUGCUCUAUGCUGCCUGGGCGGAGGCGGGCGGCAUCAGUGAAACCGACCUGCUGAACUUGAGGACAAUUCAUUGUGACCUUGAGGGACAUCCCACCCCCAGGCUGUCAUUUGUGGAUGUGGCGACAGGAUCGCUCGGGCAAGGAUUGGGGGCUGCGUGUGGAAUGGCUUAUACUGGCAAGUACUUGGACAAAGCCAGCUACCGAGUAUUCUGCCUUCUGGGUGACGGUGAGUCCUCAGAAGGCUCCGUCUGGGAAGCUUUGGCCUUUGCUUCCCGCUACGGUUUGGACAAUCUCGUGGCAGUGUUUGACGUGAACCGCUUGGGGCAAAGUGGCGUUGCGCCACUGAAGCACUGCACAGACAUCUAUCGGAAUCGCUGCGAGGCCUUUGGAUGGAAUACUUACUUAGUGGAUGGCCAUGAUGUGGAAGCUUUGUGCCAGGCCUUUUCUCAAGCUGCUCAAGGGAAGAACAAGCCCACUGCUAUAAUUGCAAAGACCUUCAAGGGACGGGGUAUUCCAAAUGUUGAGGAUGCAGAAAAUUGGCAUGGAAAGCCAAUGCCAAAAGAAAAAGCAGAUGAAAUCAUUAGACUAAUUCAAAGUCAGAUACAGACCAACAGGAAUCUCCUACCAAAACCUCCUGUUGAAGGUUCACCUCCAGUCAGCAUCACAAAUAUAAAAAUGACCUGUUUGCCUGAUUAUAAAGUUGGUGACAAGGUAGCUACUCAGAAAGCAUAUGGUUUGGCUCUGGCUAAACUGGGCCUUGCAAAUGAAAGAGUUGUUGUUCUGGAUGGUGACCCAAAGAACUCCACCUUUUUUGAAAUAUUCAAGAAAGAACAUCCUGAGCGUUUUAUUGAGUGUUUUGCUGCAGAACAAAACAUGGUGAGUGUGGCACUGGGCUGUGCCACACGAGGUCGAACCAUUACUUUUGUUACUACUUUAGCUGCCUUUUUGACUAGAGCAUUUGAUCAGAUCCGGAUGGGAGCCAUAUCUCAAACUAAUAUAAAUCUUAUUGGUUCUCACUGUGGAGUGUCUGUUGGUGAAGAUGGCCCGUCCCAGAUGGCCUUGGAAGAUCUAGCCAUGUUCAGAAGCAUUCCAAAUUGCACUGUUUUCCUCCCAAGUGAUGCUGUCUCAACAGAGCAUGCUGUUUAUCUGGCUGCCAAUACCAAAGGAAUGUGCUUCAUUCGGACAUGCCAAUCAGAAACUGCAGUUAUUUAUACCCCACAAGAAAAUUUUGAGAUUGGAAGGGCCAAGGUCAUCCGCUACAGUAAUAAUGACAAAGUCACAGUAAUUGGAGCUGGAAUUACUCUGCAUGAAGCGUUAGCAGCUGCUGAUGUUCUUUCUCAGCAAGAUAUUUCUAUCUGUGUUAUUGACCUGUUUACCAUUAAACCCCUGGAUGCUGCCACCAUCAUCUCCUGUGCAAAAGCUACUGGUGGCCGGGUUGUCACAGUGGAAGAUCAUUACCAAGAAGGUGGCAUUGGUGAAGCUGUGUGUGCAGUAGUGUCUGGGGAGCCUGACAUCCAUGUUCAUCAGCUGUCGGUGUCAGGAGUGUCUGAAAGAAACAGGAAACCUAGUGAAUUACUGAGUAUGUUUGGUGUCAGUGCUAGACACAUCAUAGCAGCUGUGAAAUAUACUUUAAUGAACUAA